ACAAAAAACCACUAGUCAAUCAAAGUAUAAAUAAUAUUUUAAAUCUUUGUUUUUGCCGGCGAUCAUGGCUCACACGAACAAAGUUAGGGCAGCCGCUGCGGUUGCGACAGUGGUGCUGUUUCUAGCGGUUACGAUGGCGGAGGCACAGUCUAUGCCGCCAAUGCCAAAGCUGAAUCCUGUGUGUGCGCUGGCGAAUCUCCCAGACAUUAUCCAACUUUGCUACGUAAAUUUUGAUUUGAAGCCAUCUGAAAAAUGCUGCGAUGAUCUCAAGUCGGCGAGCAGCACGCAAGUGACUUGUCUCUGCGACAACUUCCUCGCACGAUCUUCCAACACCAGCGUCACCCAAGCUCGCUACGACAUAGUCCAUCAGUCCUGUGGCGUUUUCGAGAAAUUUGCCUGUAAAGGAGGAGACGCCAGCGGAGGAUCAACGAACAUGAUUGCUGCAUCAGUGGUUCUUUUUGGUUUGGUUGCAAGUCUCUUCUUUUAAUUUAUUUCAAUUUGGCCUUCUAAAUUCAUUGUAAUUCUCUCAUAUCCCAUAUAUUAUAAGACGUUUCAUUUAUAAUAUUUUGUAAUGUUAUGAUAUUUUUUCUUACAAUGGUUGCAAGUCUA